AUGAUUUUUAAAAGGUUCGUUAAUUUGCUCGUGUUUUUAUUCCUACUCGGUGCUGGCUUAUUGACGUUUUUUCUUAUUCUGUCUGGAGGCAGAGAAUCUGGAACGCUGAAGAAUUUCUAUUGGUUACAAGCCGAUACAGACGGCUUUAACAGCGCUCCUUCCACCACGAGGUGGUACAACUACAACUGGUGUGGCUAUGAAGACGGCCAGCUAGCUAAUUGCUCAAGUAGAGCACCCGCCAAGCCUUUCUCUCCAAGAGAUAACUUUGGAAACUCAGCCAAUUUACCAUCGUCAUUCAGAAAUAACCGGGAUGCCUAUUAUUAUCUGUCCAGGGUUGGAUGGGCCAUGCUGCUGAUUGCCCUUUUUUUCAUAGUAAUGGCGCUGGUACCUGGAUUUUUGGCUACAUUUCUUCCUUUCAAGGCGGUGCCAGUCUUGUACUGUGUGUUGUCCUGGUUGGCCUUUUUUUUCAUAAUAUUGGCUGCGUGCUUGUACACAGGCUGCUAUGUAAAGGCUAGAAAGACAUUCCACAACAGUGGGAGGUCUGCAAGACUGGGGCCUAAAAACUUCGCGUUCAUCUGGACUUCGGUCUUCUUGAUGCUCGUGAAUGCCAUUUGGUCUACCAUAUUCAGCGCUACCCACAAGGGCCACUCCACCUACUCGGACCAUGACAUGUACGCUCAAUAUGAAAGCCCUUCCGUUGACACCGGUGCCCAAAUGGAGAAAUCCACCUACAACAGCGGCGUGACGGACGGCGCGGGCCCUGUCACAGCCGCACCUGUGGUUGGGCAGCCUCAACCUACAACUACUACUACUCAAGCUGGCAACGGCAAGUUCUUUCAGAAACUGAAAACAAGAAAGCAGGUGCCCUCAACUGAGUUAGAACCAGCUGGGGAUGGCGGUCUUGCUGGGCCUGUAACUGUACGCGACUAG